AUGGAAACUGGAUCCUUUAAAGCCACAGUGCGCACCGUCACAGGCAGAACAAUGGCCUCCCCCUCCUCCCCCCUCCUCCAUUACCUCCCAUUGUCUUUCUCCUUCUUUCCGUCACAGACACUAGUCACAGACACCAGUCACCAGUCACAGACACCAGUCACAGACACCAGUCACAGACACCAGUCACAGACACCAGUCACAGACACUAGUCACAGACACCAGUCACAGACACUAGUCACAGACACCAGUCACCAGUCACAGACACCAGUCACAGACACCAGUCAAAGACACCAGUCACAGACACCAGUCACAGACACCAGUCACAGACACCAGUCACAGACACCAGUCACAGACACCAGUCACAGACACCAGUCACAGACACCAGUCACAGACACCAGUCACAGACACCAGUCACAGACACCAGUCACAGACACCAGUCACCAGUCACAGACACCAGUCACAGACACCAAUCACAGACACCAGUCACAGACACUAGUCACAGACACCAGUCACCAGUCACAGACACCAGUCACAGACACCAGUCAAAGACACCAGUCACAGACACUAGUCACAGACACCAGUCACAGACACCAGUCACAGACACCAGUCACAGACACCAGUCACAGACACCAGUCACAGACACCAGUCAAAGACACCAGUCACAGACACUAUCACAGACACCAGUCACAGACACUAGUCACAGACACCAGUCACCAGUCACAGACACCAGUCACAGACACUAGUCACAGACACCAGUCACCAGUCACAGACACCAGUCACAGACACCAGUCACAGACACCAGUCACAGACACUAGUCACAGACACCAGUCACAGACACUAGUCACAGACACCAGUCACCAGUCACAGACACCAGUCACAGACACCAGUCAAAGACACCAGUCACAGACACCAGUCACAGACACCAGUCACAGACACCAGUCACAGACACCAGUCACAGACACUAGUCACAGACACCAGUCACAGACACCAGUCACAGACACCAGUCACAGACACCAAUCACAGACACCAGUCACAGACACCAGUCACAGACACCAGUCACCAGUCACAGACACCAGUCACAGACACCAAUCACAGACACCAGUCACAGACACUAGUCACAGACACCAGUCACCAGUCACAGACACCAGUCACAGACACCAGUCAAAGACACCAGUCACAGACACUAGUCACAGACACCAGUCACAGACACCAGUCACAGACACCAGUCACAGACACCAGUCACAGACACCAGUCACAGACACCAGUCACAGACACCAGUCACAGACACUAGUCACAGACACCAGUCACCAGUCACAGACACCAGUCACAGACACCAGUCACAGACACCAGUCACCAGUCACAGACACUAGUCACAGACACUAG